AUCCAGUUGACGAUAAGCCGCAUGCUGUUUUUUGAUUGACUAUUAUACCGAGAGUAAUCAAUUAGAUUAGACAGUUGAUUUCGGAUCGUUAAGCGGAGAAGAUUGAUCUUAGCUCUGACUAAAGUGAAGAUGGUGAUUGUACGCUUCUAUUGUCCUUUGGAGGAGCAAAAAAGGCAGCAAUUGCUGCAGAACUUUCACAAAGUGAACGCGAGUGUGGUGAAUCUACAGGUGGAAAAAUGCUACCACGUGCAAAACUCAAAGUACCAAAAGUUCCCCGCUGAAGUUGAAGAACGAUUGCGGUGGAUACUGAAAGGUCCACAGGAAGCGAAAGAUAAUCUAUCGCCGGUGACUCGUCUGACGAAGGUGGCCGCAAAUCAGAAGCUGUUUGAAGUAGGACCGCGGUUUAAUUUUUCCACGGCUGAUUCCACAAAUAGUGUCAGUAUUUGCCAUAACGUUGGACUGACAUUUAUCGAUCGAAUUGAAGUGUCGCAUCGGUAUUUGCUUACGCUGGAGAAGGGUUUAGGCUCAGACGCUGAACUAGAUCGACUGAUCGAGACGGUGUGCGAUCGAAUGACGCAAUGUCGGUACACGGAAGCUAAUACACCGCGAAAUGAUUUUUAUGAAAGCUUUAAUCAAGCAGCCGAACGUUGGUAUGUGGUUCCCCUACUGGAAAAGGGAACAGCCGCCCUUAAAGAGGUAAACGAGCAGCUCGGGUUGGCUUUCGAUGACUGGGACAUUCAGUACUACACCAAUCUGUUUCGAAACGUUCUGAAACGUAAUCCAACCAACGUGGAACUGUUCGACUGUGCUCAGUGUAAUAGCGAACAUUCACGGCACUGGUUUUUCAAGGGAAAAAUGAUCGUGGAUGGCAAGGAGGAAAAACAAUCGCUGAUCGAAAUGAUCAUCGAAACGCAACAGCAUUCAAACCAGAACAACACGGUGAAGUUUAGCGAUAACAGCAGCGCAAUCAAGGGUUACGUCCAUAAAGCCCUGCGAGCGGAUAGCUUUAGCGAAUCUGGACCGCUGAAGCUGCAAUCGAUAAGUUCGGAUUUGAUUUUCACGGCCGAAACCCAUAACAUGCCGACAGCAUUGUCCCCGUUUAGUGGUGCCACUACCGGAACGGGUGGACGAAUUCGGGACGUGCAGAGUAUCGGCCGAGGAGGACUCCCGAUUGCUGGAACCGUUGGUUACUGCGUGGGUAUGCUGAAUAUUCCAGGCUAUCAGAUGCCCUAUGAGCAACAGCUCGAAUAUCCACCUUCGUUCGCUAGCCCCCUAAAGAUUCUUAUUGAAGCCAGUAAUGGAACUUCGGACUAUGGUAAUAAAUUUGGAGAGCCGGUACUUUCAGGAUUUGCGAUGUCAUUCGGUGUUGUAACGGAGGAUCGCGAGCGGUUAGAGUACGUGAAGCCAAUUUUGUUCAGUGGAGGAAUCGGUACUGCAGAGUCAACUCAAAUGAAUAAAUUGGAUCCUAAGGCUGGCAUGCUGUUAGCCAAGCUGGGUGGUCCCGUUUACCGGAUUGGUGUAGGAGGUGGGGCUGCCAGCUCGGUUGAUGUUCAGGGUGAUAAUAAUAGUGAGCUGGAUUUUAAUGCCGUUCAACGCGGGGAUGCGGAAAUGGAAAACAAACUGAAUCGUGUCGUGCGGGCAUGCAUCGAAAUGGGUGAGAAAAAUCCUAUUCUGGCGAUUCACGAUCAAGGUGCCGGUGGCAAUGGAAAUGUUCUGAAAGAGCUGGUUGAACCGGGCUGUGCUGGAGCGGUCAUUUUCACGAAGGAGUUCAAUUUGGGUGAUCCGACUAUUACCGUGAUGGAACUGUGGGGUGCCGAGUAUCAGGAGAACAACGCCAUUCUGGUGGCUCCGGAGCACCGACAACUGCUGCUGGAUGUUUGUGAACGUGAACGGUGUCCGAUCAGUUUCGUCGGGGUUGUCACCGGUAAUGGGUACGUGUCACUGGUGGACAAGCCGGCCAGUGAUGUGGACCGAUAUUGUGAUCGUAGCAAACGGAAGGAGUGGGGCGAGCUACCCUUCGAUAUGCACUUGGAUAAUGUGCUUGGUAAGAUGCCACAGAAAGAGUUCAGAUUACAGCGGAAACCGAUGAAGUUGCGAGAAUUCGACACCAGUCAGCUUUCGUUGCUGGAGGCACUCAGCCGGGUGCUGUCAACGGUUACGGUUGGCAGUAAGCGGUUUUUGACCAAUAAGGUUGACCGCUGUGUAACCGGUCUGGUAGUGCAGCAGCAGUGCGUAGGUCCCCUGCACACACCGUUGGCUGAUUUUUGCCUUACUGCGGUUUCGCAGUUCGGUUUCGAGGGCAUCGCUAGCUCGAUCGGAACGCAACCCGUCAAGGGACUGGUGAAUAACAUGGCCGGCGCUCGGAUGUCGGUAGCGGAAGCCGUUUCGAAUCUGGUCUUUGCCGGUAUCACAGAACUAGCAGACGUAAAAUGCUCGGGCAACUGGAUGUGGGCAGCAAAAUUGGAAGGCGAGGGAUCCAAGCUGGUAGAUGCUUGUAAGGCGAUGUGCGCCGUGAUGAAGAAGCUAAAUAUUGCAAUCGAUGGUGGCAAAGAUUCGCUGUCAAUGGCUGCUCGUGUGCGCAAUGAAACCGUGAAAAGUCCGGGAACGUUGGUCAUUUCAACCUACGCACCGUGCCCCGAUGUGAGGGUGAAGGUCACCCCUGAUUUGAAGGCAGCUUCGCUGGCAGUUGAAACGACACUACUGUUUGUUAACAUUGAGAACAAAUUCCGCCUUGGCGGGUCAGUCCUAGCCCAAUGCUUUGGUCAACUCGGUGUAGAAACACCGGACUUGGAUAAAACGGAUGUCCUAGUGCAAGCUUUCAACGUGACUCAAUCUCUACUGAAGAACGGCAAACUACUCUCCGGUCAUGACGUUAGUGAUGGAGGUCUGUUAACUUGUGCCCUGGAGAUGGCAUUCGCUGGUUUGGCGGGUAUCAAGCUGGACUUGACGGAGGUCUUCAACAAAUGUGGCAAACAAUUCGGUGCAAAUGUUGCUCAAGCUGCGAUGCACAUUCUGUUCGCUGAAGAGUGCGGUUGGGUUGUCGAGGUGAACUCCGAUAAUGUCACAGCUGUUAGCGACGCGUAUCAUUCCGCUGGUGUGCCUUGCUUCGUGAUUGGCCACGCUUACAAAACGGACAUUCACGACGGCAGCUCCGUAUCGGUGAUUAUGCGAGGUCAACAGCUGUUGAAAACGAGUGUUUUAAGUUUGUUCAAACAAUGGGAGAGAACCAGUUUUGAGUUAGAAAAGCUUCAAAUGAAUGAACAAUGCGCGAUACAAGAAUAUGCAACCUUAGAGUACCGAACUGGUCCGACUUAUCGGUGCUCUUUCAAUCCGGACUUGAUUUACGCUGCCAAGGUGAUGGGAGCGAAACCCCGAGUAGCUGUCAUUCGAGAAGAGGGAACCAAUGGAGACCGUGAAAUGUCUGCUGCCUUAUUUGAAGCGAACUUCGAGGUUCAUGAUGUCACCAUGAGUGAUCUCCUGUGUAGAAAAACCUCACUGGAUAACUAUCGCGGAGUAAUAUUCCCGGGAGGUUUCAGCUAUGCGGACACCCUGGGUUCUUCUAAAGGUUGGGCUGCCUGUAUUCUAUUCAGUGAAGUACUGGCGCCUCAAUUCAAACACUUCCGAUCGAGGAAAGACAGUUUCUCUCUUGGAGUGUGCAAUGGCUGCCAGUUGAUGGGUUUGAUUGGCUGGAUUGGCGGGGAAGAAAAAACAAACUCUUUUGACAUUCCCGACAUUGCUCUGCUGCAUAACAAAUCGGAACGCUAUGAAUGUCGUUGGACUACGUUGAAGAUCGCUCCCAAUAAUUCCAUCAUGUUGAACAAACUGGCCGGCAGUGUACUCGGAGGUUGGGUUGCCCACGGUGAAGGUCAAUUUUCGUUCAAGUCACCGGCGAUUUUGAGCCAGCUGAAGAGCAAGAACUGCAUCGCCGUGCAUUAUGUUGACGACAGCGGAAAGCCUACGGAGGUGUACCCGAUGAAUCCGAACGGCAGCGUCGAGGGAAUUGCAGGAAUAUGCUCUCCGGAUGAACGGCAUUUGGCUAUGAUGCCACACCCGGAGCGGUGUACCAAGAUGUGGCAGUGGCCGUACACUUCCGCGGGAUUCCAGUACCAGAUCUCACCGUGGCAUUCGAUGUUUGCCGAAGCGUACAACUGGUGUAGCUCCUCUAAGUAAUAUUUACGGAGAUUUUUUCUAGAUGUUCCUUGAUUCUGUAAGAGUAUAAUUAAAUGAAUCUUUUAUAUCUAUUAA